UGUUGUUAUUCCAGCACAUCGGAGCCAGAACCAAGAAUGUCUGUGCUUUUGGACUUUUUGUGUGCGGGGCCACCAAGCGGGAAGAGGUGGAGAAGCGUAGCACGUAAAGACAACAUGAAGAAAGAGGCCUGGUUUCUGACUGGCUGCCUGUCCCCCUGGGGGGUCAGGUUCCCUCAGCAGUACCUGCAACACAACACCGAGUGCGUGCAUGGUGAAUGAACGUGACGCUAGCUGAGGGGAAGCACGAUCCACGCCGGCCCCCAGCGGAGCACACGUGGAGUCACGGCGAUCUGAUAUUAGUGUUGCUCAAGAAGACUGAACAAGAGCCAGCCGUUGUUGCUCAUGCCAUGGAGACAUGGCUCUCGUACUGGGAUUGCAGGUAAAAAGAACUCUCUGAGUACAGAAAACAUUACUGAACCAAAACAUUAGCGCUCGCAGGGAGCACUUCAGUGCCCGCUUACAGAUGGAAACUUGCAGGAGGCCACUUUGACAGGACUUUCUUGUUCGAGGUAUGCGUGUGGUAAAAGCCUGCUACCAAUGCAACGGUGUCCACAUGAGUAAAGCAUGAACACCAUUAGUUAUGCUCAUGAUGACUGUCUGGUGAGCGGGCUCCUUUUCUAACAUUUGAAAAUCUGUAAUGUUUGCAUGACAGGUUGAGGCAGGAAGGUGCUUUACUCCAUUUUUACCCAUGUUUACCGCUGCAGUGAGCAUGUUGCGUGGGCUGUGGAGCAGAGGAUGAGCUGUCCCUCGGCGAACAGGUGAGCAGCACCAGGUAAUCUCCCUCCGUUUGUCCACAGGGAACCAACAGAUUAAAGUGAGUUCUGUGAUAGAUGACCUGCAGAUGCUGUGAGGCACCAUAGGCAAAAAAAAAAAAAAAAACCUUGGCUGCAGUAAAAGCACAACUGCAGCACCGUGGUACAGUAAACACGAGACUCCCAUCCUUCCCAAGUCAAACACACUCAAUGCAAAAGACAGUUAUAGCCAGACGUGUGCAGCUGCUCCUCUGAAAAGAAAUAACUGCCUCUUAGUGGUGGCACAAGUGGAGGAUUUGGGAACAAGUUGUUAUUUCUCCUUGGUUUGAACCCUGAGACAGCACUCAGCUCCGUCGUCGUGUUCACACAAACCUGCCUCGCUAUACUUAGGAAGCUCAAAGCCUCUUAGCCGAGAACCUUCUUACAAGUUCCUUUCCGUGAAGAGUCUCCUCAAAUAGAUCACACAAGAUACUUAGGAGAAAAUCCCUCUGAGGUAUUUAAUUCUAAAUGAGUAAUUACUGGAGUGGCGCCGGCUCUUGGUCUCCAGGCGCGGCUGUCCAAGUAGCUCAUUUGCACCCUGGACUCGGAGCGAGGGGGACACUCUGGUAGCCGCAGUGGGAGCUCAGUGGCAUAGGAAGGACACGCCACAACCGCCGACAUGUGUGACAUGGGGGGACUGGACAACCUAGUGGCCAACACGGCCUACCUGAAGGCGCAAGGUGGGGAUGACAAGGAGAUGAAGAAGCGGCGGCGUAGCUUGUCCCUGCCCAAGCCGGAGCAGUGCGCAGCCAUCCGCGGCACCAUCGAAAAGGACUUUGAGUCCCUCUGCGAGAAGCAGCCCAUAGGAAAACACUUUUUCCGCGAGUUCCUCAAAGCCACCCCCGAGUACAUCUCUGCUGCCGAGUUCCUCGACGAGCUGAACGACUGGGACCUGGCCGAAAACGCAGCCAAGGACAAGGACAGGCAGAACAUCAUGAACAAGUUCUGCAAGGCAGACUCCAAGAACUUUCUGUCCUACCUGACCGGGGAGGUGGCCGACAAGUGCAAGGCAGUGACGGAGAAGGACUUUGAGGAGGUGAUGAAGGGCAAGGUGAAGGAGGCCACCCGGGAGUUCCUGAAGGGGAAGCCCUUCCAGGAGUACCAGAGCAGUCCGUUCUUCGACAAGUUUCUGCAGUGGAAGGAGUACGAGAAGCAGCCCGUCACUGAGAAAUACUUCUACGAGUUCCGGACCCUGGGAAAGGGCGGCUUCGGAGAGGUGUGUGCUGUGCAGGUUAAGAACACCGGUAAGAUGUACGCCUGCAAGAAGCUGGACAAAAAGCGCUUGAAAAAGAAGCACGGGGAGAAGAUGGCCUUGCUGGAAAAGCAAAUCCUGGAGAAAGUGAACAGCCUGUUCAUCGUGAACCUGGCAUACGCGUAUGACACCAAGACACACCUGUGCUUGGUCAUGAGCUUGAUGAAUGGCGGAGACCUCAAGUACCACAUCUACAACAUUGGAGAAAAGGGGAUUGAGAUGGAGCGCAUCGUCUACUACACGGCCCAGAUUGCCACGGGGAUCCUGGGCCUGCACGAAAUGAACAUUGUGUACCGCGACAUGAAGCCGGAGAACGUGCUGCUCGACAGCGCCGGCCAGUGCCGUCUCUCCGACCUGGGCUUGGCUGUCGAGGUGCCUGUUGGCAAGACUAUCAGCCAGAAGGCUGGCACUGGUGCCUACAUGGCCCCUGAGAUCUUGAAGGACAUUCCCUACCGCACAUCAGUGGACUGGUGGGCGCUUGGCUGCAGCAUCUAUGAGAUGGUUGCCGCCUACACACCCUUUAAGGGGCCCGAUGCAAAAAAGGAGAAAGUGGCCAAAGAGGAAGUGCAGAGACGCAUCUGUGAGGACGAGGUCAAAUUUGAGCACAAGGGCUUUAAUGAUGCCACCAAGGACAUCAUCACCCAGUUCCUCAAGAAGAAUAUUGACGAGCGUCUUGGCUGCAAGUGAGUGGGCGAUGACCCACGGAAACACGAGUGGUUCAAAUCCAUCAACUUCCCACGCCUGGAAGCGGGGCUCAUCAAUCCGCCCUGGGUACCUAAGCCCAACGUGGUCUAUGCCAAGGACACUGGUGAUAUUGCUGACUUCUCUGAGAUUAAAGGCAUAGAGUUCGAUGCCAAGGAUGAGAAAUUCUUCAAGGAGUUCAGCACUGGAGCUGUGGCCAUACCUUGGCAGCAGGAGAUGAUGGAAACCGGACUCUUCGAAGAGCUCAAUGACCCAAAUCGGAAAGAGUCUGCUGGGGGGCUUGACGAUGACAAAAAAUCAGGCACCUGUACACUGCUGUGAAGACUGUGACAUGAGGAGCCCAAUGACAAAUGCUGCUCUAAAGACCCCAGUGGUCUGAUCCAAAAUGACAAUGGUGGAUAUGUUUCCUUCUAGUAAUCACAACCCAAACCAGGUAUUGCAGAAAUCAGAAUCGAAGUUCUUCAAGGGAGGAGCAGAAGGGACGCGCACCUUUCAGCUAUCGGUUGCACGUGUCGUCCCCGGAAGCCAAAGAACUAGGACCAGAAGCGAACGAGAUCUGCGGCGACGCGCAGUCAUGUCUUUUGAUCAAGUAGAUUUGUUCUGCUAAGGAGCAAGCAAACAAACAUGUUUCCCUCAAAGAGAAGACUCACUAGAUCACAGCAGCAGACCAAUACAGCCAUAGUGUGCAAGAAGGCAGCCUCUGUGCGCAACCACAGCAAGUGCCCCAAAAACGGUGUGAGCCUCGAGAUUCAGCAACUGGCACGAGUAGCUGGCUAAACAUGAGCACGGCAGAGACGAGGCUGGGAAGCUCAACUUUGCCAUAUUGCCUGUGUUGUGUCAUUUGCUCUGAGGAUUGGCGCUGAACAAUCUGGCACCUGAGAUCGCAAUACAUUCCUUACCUGUAUAAAUAUGUAUAUUUCGGACGAGCCUGUUAGAGAUGCUGAUAAAUUGUGUGCUAGUUUUCACUCACAAUAUCACUGACCGAAAAUACACAGCAGUACUUCCCUUGUUACUCUUUGGUGAAAUUGCACACAGCUGCACUUUUAGAUGGGAAAACUAUGCCUAUGGUCCAAAGAUCAGUAACAUCUACUGUAGAAACCACUUCCUUUAGACCUUUAAGUGCUGCGUGGACCCUUAGAAAGGGCUUACAGCUCAGCACAACGGCGCUACAUUUUCAUAAAAUUCCAGGUGUUCUUCCUGUUUUUUCAGGGUUCAUGCAUGUUCUUACUAUUCCACAUGUGUACGUGAGAAUUAUUAUUAUUAUUAUUAUUAUUAUUAUCAUCACCACCACAACUACUGUUGUUGUCCAGUGUAAAUAGUGGGCUGGGGAGGAGGUACAAUGGGAAUGUCACACAUUCUUUAAGAACGGCUUGAAACAAAGUCCUUCCAAACAAUAAAAUACUUAAAUGUCUUGGUACAACCUCUCUGUGUCUCUGUAAGCAUGUGUGAGCCCUGCAGGCCCCACUGGAGGAUACCUGUACCUCUACCUGUGCUGCAGGGGCCAACGGAAGGACCACAGGCUCGCUGACUGACACUGUUUUACAGAGGACGCUCACACCCAGAGCCCCAGGUGUGUGGUGCCACAGUCCAUACAGUUCUAACAUUGUCACCUAAGCUAUGUUGCCUUUGGCUGUCAGAAACGACCUUAAGCCUGACCCUCUCUAACUUCUGACCUUGAUCCUAACUCUGACCCCCAGUACACUUCAGCAGAGAAGCUUUACGGUGUCGCCCCCUGCGGAGUGCAGAGUGUCCCCACAGCAUGUCCCCACAACGUUUCCCCACGUGUCCCGCAUUUUACUCUUUUUCUUUUGCACAACUCGGCAUCAAAGGAACUCCACUGAAAUGAUUUGAGUCCUACCUAUCUGACAGAUCCUAUCAAGUGGUCUGGCGGAACUCUUGUUCUUCUCU